AUAUGAGAGAAGAGAAACAGAAAGCAGUCCCACUCGUCUGUCUGACUUUGCAACAAAGUUCAUCAAGUGAUUUGUCUUUCCAUAGCAGUCCUGAGUCAACAUCAUGGCAUGCCUAUUUGGAGACAUCAAGAACAUUGGCACCACUGGAGCAUCACAGAUGACAGCGCAACAGGACAGAUUAUCCAUAAAGGGUGUUGAAGCCUCCAGAAAACUUGCUGAGCGCGAUCUGCCUGAGAUGGGGAAAUACAAGGGUAUAAUCACCAGUGUUUCCAGAGCAAAGAGGAUGGACCCAGCUGUUAUUGCUGCCAUCAUAUCCAGAGAGACCAGAGCUGGAGCUGUUCAGCAGAAUGGAUGGGGGGACAAUGGCAAUGCCUUUGGCCUCAUGCAGGUUGACAAACGCUACCACACUCCAGUAGGUGCAUGGGACAGUGAGCAGCAUGUUGCACAAGCAACUAAUAUACUCAUUGGCUUUAUUACAGAAAUCAAAGCCAAAUUUCCUCUGUGGUCUCAAGAGCAAUGCUUUAAAGGGGGAAUAUCAGCCUACAAUGCAGGUGUGGGGAACGUCCGUACAUAUGACCAUAUGGAUGUUGGCACAACAGGAGAAGACUAUGCCAAUGAUGUUGUUGCAAGAGCCCAGUGGUUCAAAAGCCAGGGUUACUGAAGAACAGCAGUUAUUGACCUGUAUAACUCAUCUUUCUAAAAUCAAAUCUCAUGCAUGAGCAAAUGGCAUAAUUUGAUCACUUAUCGUUAAAAUUACUUUACUUCUUAGAUUAUAUAAAUAAAGAAGAGGUUAUUAAUCAGAAUUUUCCUUCUUUUUUUGGCUUUAACCGAUUUGUAAUCUUUCCAUUUUAAUAGUAGGUGUUAAACCAUUUUUAAACUGACUAUUUCUAUAUUCACGAGUCCAACUGUUAGUUAAUGCUAAAUGGCAUAAUGAUGAUGAUGGGAUGAAAUUAAACACAUUUAUUC